CUUCAGCUUCAGUGGUCAAGAUGGCGGCCGGGGCGCUGCUGCGGGGGAGCGGGGCCCGCUUCCGCCCCUUCGCCGAACAGGGGGCCAGUUCCCGCCUUUUUUUCCUCAGGGGCCUGGUGUCAUCCAAUAACCGAUCUGGUGAAGACAGCUGGUUAAAAUCAUUGUUUGUCCGCAAGGUUGAUCCCAGGAAAGAUGCUCAUUCCAAUCUCUUAGCCAAAAGGGAGACCAGCAGUCUCUAUAAAAUACAGUUUCACAAUGUCAAACCAGAAUGCCUAGACUCCUACAACCAGCUUUGUAAAGAGGUGCUGCCAAAGAUCCACGAAGGGAAGGAGUAUCCAUGUACACUGGUGGGGACGUGGAACACGUGGUACGGAGAGCAAGAUCAGGCUGUCCACCUCUGGCGAUAUGAGGGAGGCUACCCAGCCCUUACGGAGGUCAUGAGCAAGCUUCGACAUGAUAAGGAGUUCAUGGAGUUUCGCAAAGCAAGGGGAAAUAUGCUUCUUUCGCGCAAGAAUCAGCUGCUGCUGGAGUUCAGUUUCUGGAAUGAACCAGUUCCCAGGGCAGGCCCCAAUAUCUAUGAACUGAGGUCUUACCAACUUCGUCCUGGAACAAUGAUUGAGUGGGGAAACUACUGGGCCCGUGCCAUUCGUUUCCGACAAGACAACGAAGAAGCCGUUGGAGGAUUUUUCUCACAGAUUGGGCAGCUGUAUAUGGUUCAUCAUCUCUGGGCUUACAAAGAUCUCCAGUCCAGAGAAGACACAAGAAACUCUGCAUGGCACAAACCUGGAUGGGAUGAGCUGGUGUACUACACAGUCCCUCUGAUUCAGGAAAUGGAAUCCAGAAUUAUGAUACCAUUGAAGAUUUCUCCUUUGCAGUAAAGUCACAGAUUGAAUGGCAUCUGCCUGUAGAUUUAAACUGACCAGUAUGUCUUUUAAGUUCAUUUGAGGGUAUGCGUGUGACAACAGAAACGUUGAUUUUUGAAAGGACUGCAUACCUCUUUUUUUUUUUAAGUCGCUGCAGGAGCACUUAGAGAUGUGUUGGGGGAAAAGCAUAGGGCCAUAAUUUAAGAUUUAGUGUCCAGCCACAUAACCUGGCUCUCUGUGAUUUGAAACACAGACAGAUACUCCCAAGAGCCGGCAGGUGCUGAUGAAAACGCACACAUUUAAGUAGUUGCACGAGCUUUAAUAUCUUGAAUGAAUGCUGUAUUUAAUCAGGGGGGUGGGUUCUCCAGUGAAUUCCUCUGCAUUUUUUUUUUCCAAAAUCAUGGUCGAUUGUCAAACUUACAGAGCUUUUCUUCUGCCUAAAAUAGCUCUUUCUGUUCCUGACACUCCAGCAAAUUUACUGCCUGGUCAACCCACUUGUUAAGGAUGUGUAAUUUUACUGUAUCUACCCAGUUCCAUCCUGGAUCUGAAACUUGAAGGGAAAACAGCCAGAGGGUCUAAAGGCCUUUGGGAUGUUUGCUCUUGAUCAUGUGUAUGCAGGGCCUUUCAUAAACAGCUGCCAGGGAGACUGCUCAUUCCUCUCUGAUUCCUCUGCCCUCAUUUUGUGGAUUUGCAGAAAGUUAACAAACAGGCGCCUUGCUUUCCUCUUCGUUGGGAACCUCUAAAGCUUCUAAUUCUCUUCCCCAUGUCCAUUGAUCUAUCAGGGAACAGAGGGAGCACUCCAUAUUGUUGUCUUUUUUUUGUCCUAGCCAAUCAGAUAAGUCAACUGGGAAAUCUCCUGGGUUGUAUUGCUACAGGCUGUGGGUGGCAAUUUUGGGUGUGGGGCAAAAUAGUUUGAAAAAUGCUUUUCUGCAUGAGAGGAACCUCACUGCUUGUAAAAACUGGCCUGUCAGGGAAGCUGCUAGGCAAAACGCAUUGAUAUGGGUGCAGUCCUUUGUAUGUGGUUUGAUUGUGCUGAGGAUAUAGACUGGCUGUUUUGACCUAAUAAAGGUUAUGAGAAUGUAGCAUGUGGAUUUUUCCGUUCCUGUGAACACAGGCAUUCUCAAAGUUACGUGUUACCAAUUGCCGAUGGCCGUUAUGGCUAUAAAAAUAUAGAGCCCGAGGAGGAUGGCCUUCUGUACUAGAAAGGGGUAGACUGUUUCGGACAGUCGUCAGUGUUAAGGAAUAAUUAAUAUUGAUGUAAUGUCCUAGAACAGAAACAGAAAAUCCAUAUACCCUUCUUAGUGCUCUGUGUGAAGGCUCUCACACCGCUUGAUUGUAUGUAUUUCUACCCCAAAAUGUCCCACAGUGUUCAGUAGAGCUUGCUCUGGAAUAAGCCCACAAAGCAUUGCAGCUUUAGGACUGAGCCGCAAAGUCUGUCUGGAGUAUGUAUUAGGAGACCUUUCCCUUUGCCUCCGUACUAUGUGCCGAAUUCCUCCCCUGCCCUCCACUUUCCCCCCUG